GGAGUGCUUUGUCACGUGGUAUAAUCUAUCUGUCUGAGCGAUAGGAACUAUACGUCCAUGAAGUGCAAGUUGUUCACUUAAAUCGCCGGUUUUCUGUCUUACAUACUCGAGUUAUUGUUGAACAUGCGGUACCUUAAUGCAGCUGGGCUGGCUGUGCUCUCUAUAUGCUUUCUAUUUCUUGCCCCGGUGUUUGCCGAUACAGGACUCGGUCGAGGAUUUGGGGAUCAUAUCCAUUGGAGAACCCUGGAAGAUGGGAAGAAGGAAGCCACUUCUAGUGGCUUACCUCUUAUGCUAGUGAUCCACAAGACAUGGUGCGGAGCCUGCAAAGCAUUAAAGCCAAAAUUUGCAGAGAGCAAGGAGAUUUCAGAACUGUCACAUAAUUUUGUGAUGGUUAACUUGGAGGAUGAAGAGGAGCCAAAAGAUGAAUCUUUAAGCCCAGAUGGUGGCUACAUCCCUAGAAUACUCUUCCUUGAUCCCUCUGGUAAAGUUCAUCCUGAGAUUAUAAACUCCAAAGGAAACCCAAGUUAUAAGUAUUUCUACAACACUGCUGAACAAGUGACUGAGGCAAUGAAGGAAGCCCAAGAGAAGCUCACGGGAGACUCCUUUAUGAAACAUAUAGAUGAGCUGUAACCCUGGUAUCUUACCUGAUAAUUAUAAUGAGCCACUCUGUGACUAAACCAGAGUUACAUACCUGACUGGGAAUAUAAUACCAGCACAUUUUUUCAUACUGUAAUGGACCUGCACUGCAAUGCACAGGAGCCAUAUGAGGCUGAUCUACGUCACGCUCACCAGAUUCUCUUUUACAGAUUCUCUUACUCUUGAAUAUCUUGGCAAUGUAGCAUCAAAGCCCCACUUUUAUCUUGUUUGCCAAGAGCCCUUCUAAAACGCUGGUUUGAUAUAAAAGGGAAAUCAAUUUUUAAAAAAUAUCUUCUGAUGUACGUGUGGUUUUUUUUUUUUUUUAAACAGUAUGAAUGACUGCAUAAUUAUGCUACAGAUAUAAGGCAAGAGGUUAUCUUGGCAGCUUACUGUAGAAAGUGCCUUUCCCAUAAAACCAGGGUAAAAAUUGUGCAAGCUCCACUGUAAAGGGGCAAGAACUAUUCUUCUGUGCAGUAUGCUUCUUUGGUUCUCUUUUAUCAAUAUAAAAGUUCUCAGGCCACAUAUUAUUGCUUAAAGUAAAAGUGUUACUUUACUAUAUUUUACAGAUGUGGGGGGUACAGGAGACUAAAAAUACAUUUAAAUACAGUCCACAGGUUUACACUACACUGACCUGAUUCUUUAUAAAGACUUUGUCCCCCUGUUAGCCGUUAAAUAUAAAUUAUACAUAUACAAGGUCUGCUGACCCUAAGGGAUUUGUAUUCUCUGUUAAUUACUUACAGUCUUAAAUUUCAAAGGGGAUGUUCACCUUUAAAUUAACUUUUCAUAUGCAGUAGAGAGCUUUGUACUGAGAUACUUUGCAAUUGGUUUUCAUUUUUUAUUAUUAUUUAGCUUUUUAUUCAACAGAUCUCCAGUUAGCAAUUUCAGCAAUCUGGUUUCUAGGGCCCAAUUUACCCUAGCAACCAUGCAUUGAUUUGAACAAGAGACUGGAAUAUGAAUAGGAGAGGCCUUGAAUAGAAAGAUGACUAAUCAAAAGUAGCAAUAACAAUAAAUGUGUAGCCUUACAGAGCAUUUAUUUUUAGAAGGGGUCAGUGACCCCCUAUUUGAAAGCUGAAAAGAGACAGAAGAAGAAGAAGGUAAAUAAGUCAAAAGCGAUAACAAAUAAAUAAAUAAUGAAGACCAAUUGCAAAGUUGCUUGGAAUUCGUCAUAUUAUGACCUACUAAAAGUUAGCUUAAAGGUAAACCACCCCUUUAAAGUGAAUGUUACAGCAUAUUUAUAACUUUACUGUGAAUUUGAUAACUGCCCUUGGUGGUAUUAAGAACCAGAUUAGUAUAACUACCUUUAGUGUUUUGAAUGAUUUUGGUCUCUCUCAUCCUUCAGCUUUUAAUAUUAAUACUGGCACUGCAUAGCACAGUGUUUUUCUGGUUGGAGUUUUAAAGGGGAAAACACAUUUUUGUAAUGAGAAUCCUGUUUUUAGUAAAUAACCCCCUGAAAUUAAAAACAAAACGUGUUUAUGUAUAUCUAUAACAUGUUGCGUUUGGCACUUACUGUAAAUGCGUCAAGAAUUGCCUGUGUCCUAUUUUAAACAUUUAAACUUUUGGUUGUUUUCCCAAAAGCUCUGAAAAAUAAAUAUCUGUACAUUUGAAUAAGAAAAGUCACAUAAAUGUGAUGUGUUGAUGAUUCAAUGUAAAUGCAAAUUUUUUUUGUAAUAAAACUAUAUUUUAAGUGGUCAAAAAUAAAGUAUAUUACCCUGA